UAGCUAUCAGUCUCCCCACAGUGCUUCUAGAGUGAAUUGCAGGUGAACAGGAGAGAAAAAUGUCAAAACACAGAAAGAAGUUUAUUACUUUGAUAAAUAAGGCAACGACUGAUGGUGAAAAGCUGGCACCAGAAGAAAUGACAUUUUCGUAUGAUGGAAUUAUAUAUCCGACUACUCUUUGCAGUCCAGAAACCUUCAAAGCUCUUGAAUCCUUUGAAGCAAGGGAGGACGAUGUGUUUCUAGCAGGAUAUUGCAAAUCUGGUACAAACUGGGUUGGCCAAAUCUUAAAUGAUUUAGUACUCACAUCUGCAAAGAAUACUGAAGAUUCUGAUAGCCUAGAUGAUGAAGAACUGGAAGAAUUUCCAUAUAUUGAAGUUGGUGAUGCUGAGAAAUAUCAGAGAAUGAAAAGGCUGCCUUCUAGAAGAGUUAUAUUUACACACCUUCGUCCUGAAAAGCUUCCUGCAUCCAUUUUCAGCAAGAAAGUCAAGAUACUACUGCUGCUUCGUAAUCCAAAAGAUGUGGCUACAUCUUUUUAUCAUUUUUGUAAUAAUUGGAAUGCGUAUCCCUCUUUCAAGACCUGGGAUGAUUACUUCACAGCUUUUAUGAAUGGACAAAUGCUCUGGGGCUCUUAUAUUGACUAUAUUUUUGAAUGGAACAAGCAUGCUGAUGAUGAAAAUAUCAUGGCAAUCACUUAUGAGGAGCUGAAGGAGAACAAAGUCCAAGUAGUGAAACAGAUAAGUGAAUUCCUUGAGUUGCACCCAACCGAUGAAGAGAUUCAAGGGGUUGUAGACAGAAGCAGCUUCCAGGCCAUGAAAGCAAAUGCAGACAAUACCCAUGGUGAAUUUGGCAACGUGCUUUUCCGCAAAGGUGGAGUUAGUGACUGGAAGUACCUUUUCAGUGAAGAACACAACCGGGAAAUGGAUGCAGCCUUUGAAGAACGUUUAAGUGAGACUAAAUUGGGAAGAAAGUUAAAAUAUGGAGUCUAUUGCAAGGCUUAAUGUCUACAACAGCUGGGGCACUAUCUCCCUAUACUCCAUUGCUAUAUGUUGUGCUUCAACAGCAUCACGGGUUUACUAUGCAUGCAAGCAGCAAGCCAGGUUAAUAUUGUUAGAUUUGCUUUUGGUGUAUGUAACUCUAGAAGAAUGACUUAGUCUGUGUUAUUAGAUGAACUAGAAGCCAUGCUGAUCAUGUAAACAGAGAACAGCUAGUACAGCCUAUUUAGAAUAAUUGUAUAGGGAAUAGCUUAGUAGGGCUGUCUCAGUCUGAGAGCUAAUGAAAACACUGGCUCCUCUUUUGCCUUCUCUUUGCUCUUUUGCCUUCUCUUUGCUGAUCCUACUGGCAGUGGGGAAAAUGCCCUCUCUGGGUAAGAGAGAAAGAGACCUUUAAUCCUCCUCACCUGAAUCUGGAUGAAAACAAUGGUCUUUUAACCUAAUUGGUUUAAUGUCCAAGUAUCAUAAAUCUGAAUGAUGAAUGAUCUCACCCUAAGGAGACCCUAAGGAAACAGCACCUAUUAUAUGUGAGUUAUCCUUUUGCAUGUUAGACAAUAAAAUCAUUUAAUCUUCUUGGA